AUGGUUGAUGUGACUCCCAAGACUACUCAGUCUCACAAACGCAAGAGAGAUCCUCAUGGCUCUCAGCCCACUGCGACUACUCCCACACCAACGAAGAAGCACAAGAAACGCGAGAGCUUGCCGAUCAGAGAGGCCACAGAUGAUGGCAGCAUUAAGAAGAGCAAGCACCUCAAGGAUGCGCUUCAAGGAUCGAAUUCCCCGGAGACGUCCCGGAAAGAAAGUACUCUCUCGUCAGACCGCAGAAAAGCGGAUGUUGCAGAGUCGCGCAGCAGCGUCAGCGAAACGGAAAGAAAAUCAAAAAAGAGCAAGCGAAAGAGCGCUGGAUCGGGCGACACAUUGGAUGAUGCGGCUACAUCUGUGAUUGCAGGAGAUAACGAUGAAGAAGUUGAAGCACCGGAGGUCGAACAACGCAAAUCGAAGAACAAGCAUUCUGGGAUUAUGUCAAAGUUCGAGCGCACCAAAUCAGUAUCUAGUGCCAAGGCCAAAAAAGUUGAAUCCGAAGCUGUUGAAGAUGAGACACCUGCUGUCGAAGCUGUCUACGCACAGGGUCUUGAGCGGCUACCUCAGCCUGAAAACCCGCCCGAGGUAGAGCAAAUCCCAACAUAUUCAUCUCUACCCCCCUGGCUGGCCAAUCCAUUGCGCAAAUCAGCUCAGGACACAAAGAAGUUUUCGGAGCUCGGAAUAAAGCCAGAUCUUCUCAAAAUCCUUGAACAACAGAACUACAAAGAAGCCUUUGCUGUGCAGUCUACAGUCAUUCCUCUCCUUUUGAAGGGAGAACAAAACCACCCCGGAGAUCUUUGUAUCUCUGCGGCGACUGGAUCCGGAAAAACACUUUCCUAUGUUCUUCCCCUUGUUACUGCUCUGCCACCGAGACCUGCCUCCAGACUUAGAGGAUUGAUUGUAGUUCCUACAAGAGAACUGGUGAAACAAGCUCGCGAAUCCUGUGAGCUAUGUGCUUCUGGAUCCAGACUUCAUAUUGGAAGUGCAGUCGGUAAUGUGGCUAUCAAAGAUGAGCAGAAACUCUUGAUGCGCGUGGACCAGGUUUACAACCCGGCUAUUCAACAACAACAGCGUGACGGAUUUAAAGGAAAUGACUGGAUGAACUUGAGCCUGGAAGAUUGUGUCAGCGAGGCAAUUGACUCUAACGGGUCUCUUCCGGGUCAUAUCCAGCAAUCUGAGCCUAAUGUCGACAUUCUUAUCUGUACUCCUGGCCGUCUCGUUGACCACAUUCGCUACACCAAGGGAUUCACCCUCAAACAUCUUGAAUGGCUGGUGAUUGAUGAAGCGGAUCGUCUUUUGAACGAAAGCUUCCAGGAGUGGGUUGAUGUUGUUAUGAACUCGCUGAACAGUCGACAGGCCCCCGAGACCUUUGGGCCUGGUGGAAAGCUGUUAUCUGAACUUGGACUUCCAAUUGACGCCAAACCUCCUCGAAAGGUGAUUCUGAGUGCAACAAUGACACGCGACAUUUCCAAACUCAACUCCCUACGCCUUGCCAACCCCAAAAUGGUUAUCAUCGGGUCUGAGGAUGCUGCCGACGAAGAAGACCCAUCUGCUAUUCAUCCCGAUGCUCACUUUGCCCUACCCCCAACUCUGUCUGAGCACAUCGUUCAAGUUGGCGACGGAUCUCUCAAGCCGCUGUAUCUGUUGCGUCUUCUUCUUUCUCACAUUAAGAUUAGUGGGGACCAAGCUCCGAGCACAUCAGAUUCAUCCGACUCCGACAGCUCUAGUUCAGAUGACACUAGCAGCGACGAUGAUACUAGCUCUGACGAUGAUACUAGCUCUGACGAUGAUACUAGCUCUGAUGAUGAUACUAGCUCCGAUGAUGGUACUAGCUCUGAUGAAUCGUCUGAUGAUGACACUUCAUCGUCUGACUCUGAUUCGGAGUCUGAUUCAGACUCGGACUCGGACUCGGAUUCUUCGGACUCAUCUGACUCGGAAUCCGACGCUAUGGAAGUGGUUCCCUCGCCCUCGCGAAAGACUGUUCUGAUUUUCACCAAAUCAUCCGAGUCUGCCUCUCGACUUGCGCGUCUCAUUUCGCUACUACAUCCCGCGUUGGCUAAGCGCGUGGGAACUAUCAUUAAAUCCAACAAAUCCUCCGCAUCUCGCAAGACAUUGACGGCUUACCGACAAGGCCGCAUUUCAGUGAUCGUGGCUACCGAUCGUGCCUCUCGUGGUCUUGACCUGGAAUCCUUGACUCAUGUCAUCAACUACGAUAUCCCUACCAGCAUCACUACCUAUGUUCACCGAGUUGGACGUACUGCCCGUGCCGGCCGCGCAGGCUCUGCCUGGUCCCUGGUUGCUCAUCGUGAGGGCCGCUGGUUUGCCAACGAGAUCGCAGCUAGCGUGGACGGCCGGAUCACCCGCACAUCAAACAUCGAACGUGUGCAAAUCAAGGCCGACGCAUUGGACUCACUCAAGCCCAAAUAUGCCAAGGCGUUGGACAAGCUUGAGCAAGAGGUCAAGCGUGGCUAG